AUGUGCCUUUACGCACUCGAGCCCCUUGUCGACGGUCCCAACACGAAGGCGUUCUUCCAAAACCUGCACGAGGAGGCGUCCUCUCACUGGUGGCACUUGGUUCUUCAGAUCAGAAACUUUUAUAGAAUCACCGGGAAAGAUGUCUUGCCGCACACGUGGUACCUGUCGGCAGAUUUCCAGCUUUUCGUCAUUUCUCUUCUCGUGCUGCUGAUAUUCAAACGCCUCAUGCUGCGAACCCUCGACGAGUACUACAUCCGGCCUUACUAUCACGCCGUUUGUUACUUCGGCGGCUGCAUGACGUGCCUCACCGUAGACGACUUCAGGGAGUCGAAGAUAUCCAAGAGGUUGCAGCAGGUUGGCUGGUGCGUGUCCGUGGCCUGCAUGUUCUUCUGCGUAUUCGUGAAGUUCGCCUGGUACACUAGCCUCAAUCCUGUGCCAAUGGGUGUGGCGCUCUUUGCGGCAUUCUUCGACCGCAUCCUCUGGACUCUCUUCUUAGCUUGGAUCACGCUCGCAUGCUGCAGUGGACGAGGCGGGGUUCUAACCAAACUGCUGUCCUGGAACGCCUACGUGCCCCUGAGCAAGCUCUCCUUCGGCGUCUACCUCAUUCACGUGCCUUUCCUCCAGCUGUGGUUUCAUUCGUCCAGAGAACGAAGGUACUGGUCGGUGUUCAAUCAGAUGACUCUGUUGUUCGCGCUGCUCGUCUGGAGCUUCCUUCUCUCCUAUUUAGCAUUCCUGGUUUGUGAGGCACCUACCGCUGCCCUCGACAAGCUGGUAUUCACGGCACUGCUCGGAGGAAGAGGAAACAAACAAACAACAAACAACUUGGUCAAGACACAACCCGAAAACAAUAAAAUCGAUGGUAGCGACGUCAAGACACAGAAAAACCCAGAAGAGAACGCGGUUUCUCGCUGCUGAGCCUACAUCAAGCACGAAACAUGACUUAGGUUUCUCUAGUCGCAGAAGAGUGGGGAUUUGUUCGCGGAUGGAUACUAACAAAUGACAAGCACGUGGUGUUUUACACCGUAACAAGUUGAAACGGGGAAUGUACUUUUCAUUGUGGGCCGCUCUUUAACUCUGAAGACAAGCUGCAAUACAUAGAAGGUAGCUUUCCUGCUUUGCUAAAACUCACGCACAAUGGCGGUCCGGCGCGUACUCUCUGCGAUUGUUAUGUGCCGCGCAGCGACCCACGUGUUCGGCCAGAGUGGUUAGUUAGGCUUAUGCAAAAGCCGGUGCUGCAUUCUUGAAGCAGCUCACAAUAGUGCCAUAGCGCCGUCACAAGUUGAACGCUUGAAGGCCUUGUGCUUUUGCAGGCCUCGUGCGGGACGCUUCUGAAGAAGCUUAAACAUGGCAAGCUAACACUAAGUGAAAUAAGCAGGCAAAAUGAUUCUUUUUUAAACGUGUCUAAGAGUCCUUAAGUACAUGGCCUAUCCCAUUGAUUGAAAAAGGUUGCAAGUAAUUAUGGUGUCAAAGUUGCCUUUUCGGCUAACAACAAAAUCGGUAGUGUGUGCUCUAGAGUGAAUCGGAAACUUGAAAAUGAAACAAAAAGUGGUACGGAGUGCACCAUAAUCCACAAGGACAAGUUUGUUGAAUGCAUGAACAAGGUUGUCUAUAGGAUACCUAUGAGGUGCGGGCGUGUGUAUGUAGGACAGACUGGCAGGUGUGUGAAGACAAGAUUAAGAGAACACAUGAUCACCUUAAAAGGACAUCCUAGCACACAUAGCUUUGCAUUGUAACUAAUGUGAGUGCACCCACAGAUAACACUGUCACUCUUUUUGCACAUCAUAGCCAAGCAUUUGGAGAAAUUGUUGAAGCAUUUUUUAUUUCACAGCACAAAGAUGAUUGCGUAAGUCAUCCUUCAAUUGCCCUAUCAGACAAAGAGAUAUCCCUACUUUCUGCUUGUUUUGUGAUUGUCUUUUCAUGUGGCUUCGCUGUGUCCGCUGAUGUGGUAGCAGGAGUGCGUUGCGCAGUACUGUACGGUUAAAAAUUCUCGAGUUUCCCGACAAUAAAAUCAGUUGU